UCUUCAACCAUCAUACUUGGCAUUCGAGAAACGGUCGCAUUGGAUGAUCGACCUCUUUUACACCCUGUCUCUCAAAGGAGAAGAGAAAAAGAAGUCAAAGUUACCGAAAUAAGAUGAUGAGUACUUCGUUCAUUCCAUGAUUGAAUACGCUCUUCUUCUAGUCCCAGCGAAGCUGUUACAGCGCGCAUGAUGAGCACAUCUCACGCCAUUAAGCUCACCAACAACUCAUUUACAACUCGUCGCCGCGACGACAACGACGACGAGGCUAAGCACCAGGAUAAGCACGAGCACGAGCACGAGCACGAGCACGAGCACGAGGCAAAGGUUGAUCUCGAUUCACAGCAUAGUCGUCGUCAUGCGCCGUCGUCGACGAGAAGCGGAAGCAGAAGCAGAAGUGGAAGCGGAAGCAGAAGCGGAAGCGAAAGCCAAGGAGAUGCAAGGCUGGACUCUACGCCUCUCGCCAUGCCUCUCGCCUUGCCUCUCGAGCUCCAGUUUCUCAUCAUCUCUCACCUGGACUUGUCUAGCAUGGUCGCACUGCGACAGACCUUUCCGUUGUACCGCCAAGUCAUCACGGCUGAUGUUGUCCGUAGGCAGUUCACUGCUAGCGACGGCCGCCUCGACCCCCUUCUGCAGAGCUGCUGCACGGAGUGCCUGUGUAUGCCGGGACUGGAUCGCUUAAUCGUAGAUACGACGCGUCCAAGCCACGUGUGGCGGUCCAUCUGCUUUCGCUGUUGGCGAGACCGCUUGAGCCGCGAGCAUCAGCGCAAGCACUGGCCACUGGUUGAGAUGGCCAAUGGCGACUACGGCUACAUCUGUCACUUUUGUACUUGGCCGGUUCAUAGUGGCUCCUCUAAUAGCAGGAUCAAGCAGAUGCAUGCACCUUGUCGCGUUAGGAGGCUUGUCGUGGUUGUCUCGUGGUUGAUUAUGGCCAUCAUACAAUUUGGCCUAGGCAUGCUAGCUGCCGUCUUAGCUUGGACCAUGUUCCGGCACUUACCAACAGUCUUAAUACCUGCAAGCAUCGACUUCGGUCUGGCGAUCUUGGCGCUAAUGAUUUUCGUGGUCCGCGUCGGCACCACCAAUGAGCUCACAUAUACGCGCGCCCUCGCCGCAGAGCUGAUAAUAACCUUUAUCCGCAUCCCCCCCGUAACCUACACCGCACGCGAAACCGUCAUCUCCGAGAGCACGCAAGGAGGCCCACUACCUAGAUUUGGUUUCGGUGUUUUCUUAAUAAACCUCAUAUUUCGUUGCCUAGACAUGGUUGGCUAUACCUUACUUAACUGCGGCUAUGAUCCACGGAGUAUCUUUCUAGGGGGGCUACCUUUAAAAAAGAAGCUAUUGUAUGGCUUUUGCACGUUCAUGGUCUGGUUUGCGUUUAUACCAUUUUGAAGACGAUAUAGUUAUUUUGAGCGAAGCGAGCCUCCAUGUCACAUUAACAAUAAUAAUAUUUAGUUCGAGCUGCCAAUGAUAGCAAUUCAGCUAUUGCCUGCAAUCGCCGUCGUCACGCUUUCAUCUUUUCA